AUGGCCGCGGCAACAGCACCAACGGCGCCGACUGUGGCAGCGCCAACAGCACCCGCAGCUGCACCAGCAGCACCAACACCACAUCUGACCGCUUACCAUGAAUUUUUUGGCAACACCACUUUGGACCCCCAUCAACAAGACUACCAAGCGCUCAUGCGAGCCUACAGAGUUUACGACACUCCUACACCUGCUCAAUUGUUGUACAACAGCGCCGGACUGUCUACCUCCGCUUAUCCCAUGGCCUACCUGUCGCUCAUCAAUGACAAUGGGAAUUUGUUCUACCUAUUGGUCCAUGCACCAGCCUUCUACAAGUCACUGCCUGGGGUCCCAAGCCGCUGCGAUGGAAAGGCCUACGCGUUCACCGGCGAUGUGGUUGCCAACACCAUCACCACUGUAGAAUUUCCACAGGACGCCUUUAUGUCGCCAGGAACUGGAACAGAGGAAAACGUCCCGAAGGAUCUGGAGCGAGCUCUGGACAUUCUCCAGCUCAAUCCGGACGACUCCUCCAUUGGACCUUUCCAGGACACGGAUGCCAACAUCAAGCAAGUGAAGACCUUUCGGAAGGGUUUCAUCGACUUGGCAGCAGCCAUCAAAAACACUGGAGACAAAAUUGAGUGCCCCGAGCUCACCGAUUGGCUACUACUGUCACUGGUUAGAGCAGGAGCGGGCGCUCCACCAACUCUUGCAACAACAUUGUCUGAUAGACCUUUCGAUGAUGCAGCGCUCAAGGUGCAACGCCGAGAGCUGUUGGAACAGCAUCUUCCAGGCCUGAAGGAAGCUUCACUUCCGUCCAUGCUAGGAAUUCAGCAGAGCCUGGCACAAUCAGUCAACAAACUGGUCAGAACCCAAAAGGACGCCCAGACCGAAGCGACAGCACGAGAAGCCAAGGCCAAAGCCCUCAGGAGUGUGGACGAAUUCUUUGGUCCCAUGCUCCACAAGCUCCUCAGCGUUCUUCUCCACGUCCAAGACACUAGCCAGUGCCCACCUGUCUGGUCCGAAUGGGCUUCUCAGCCCAAGAAAGCCGACCUCAACGUUUUGGAAACCGCCCUCAGGUCCCAAGCAAGCAGCGAAGCGACAGGGGGAUUCGGAAUUGUACCCAUUGUCACUCCGGACUUGUAUAUAUAUAUAUAA